AUGACGUCGCCGUUUUUGUACAUAUCUUGGUUGCUUCUUCUUGCCGAAACGACUUUCCAAAAUGCUCUUUUUGUGACUGGAAAUUCUGAUUCUGGUGCUCUUAUUCAGAAAUUGCCAUUUUCCCCAGCUGAAAAUGUUAUCAGAAGUAGAAGGGGUAUCGAAACUGUCACUAUUCCCGAUUAUGUCACUCAAAAGACCUUUCCCUCGCAUCUAAAAGACAUGCACCAGGCUUUUAUUCGCGACACUUCUGAUUCUUUUCAUUUAUUCUUUCGAAAUUGCGAGGGAACUGUUAGUACGAAAUUUUCGUAUUGGACAUCAACUGAUUCUGGAAAGUCCUGGACUGACGAGAGCGCGAAAUUUGGCGAAAAUGUGAUCAUAAGUCUCAUGCAAGGGAGCGAUGUCGAUCGAGACCGGUUGGUUUUUCUCGAAGCACCGGAGACGAAAAGGGAUGAACGAGCUAUUUUCGUUUCUAAAGAUGGAAUGAAAACGAUGAAGGAGAUAAUUCUCCCUCCUGGAGUUACUGCGAGCAGCAUCACUUUUCACCCAAGUCAAGUUGAUUGGUUUCUAUUGCAGGAUUUUUCGAAAAUGACGCUGUGGGUAUCUCGGGAUUUCGGAGAGACGCUGGAUAAGCUUUCGGACUCUGUUAGUCCGCAAAAAGUCUACUGGGGCGACGAAAAGUACGAAACAAUCACUGGCGAAGAAGCAUCGGUGAAGAAUUGGGAACGAGUUGUUCAUUUUGAGCGAUUUUCGAUCAAAAACUAUUUGCGAAACUACGAGGUUGUUUCGUGCUUGGUGCCAGAUUGCUCUUCAGCUGGAGAAGAAUAUGAAGCGCUGCGAGAAUAUUCGAAGAAAAAUGAUAUGGCGGAAGGAUCUUUCAGAAGCGAGAAUGGCUUCUUAUUCUUUGAAAGUCGGAUGAACUAUGUCUCUCUCCUCCAUGUCUCCCAAAAUCGUCUGCCUUUCCAACGCACAUCUUUUCCUGCUGAAGUUUCUCAUGAAGAUUUUCACAUUAUCUCCACGGACCAAAACUUCAUUCUUCUCGCUGUCAAGCACGCCAGUGGUAUUUGUAAUUUGUACGUUUCUGACGAGAAUGGUGUGCAGUUCCGCGAGUCAUUGACGGACGUGAAGUUUUUUGAUCGAGUAGCGACGGGUUGCAUGAGUGUUUCGAUCCAACCAAAUGUUUUCAACGCUGAUAUUCAUCAAGUGAAAGGGUUGAGAGGGUGCUUUUUGGCGAAUCAUUACUAUGAUGAUCGUUAUCAAUCGGUGAUCACAUGGAAUGGAGGAAAAAGCUGGUCAGUACUUUCCCAGCCUCUGUCAACUGAAGAAAUAGCAGAGGGAGAUACUUUGAACAUUCACUUAGAAGAUGCGUACCUAUCCACGGGAGUUUAUGUUCCAACAGUCAUUUCGAAAAAGCUCAUGCCAGGAUUUGUCCUGGCUAUGGGCUCUGUGGGCCCGCAACUGAGCGAUAAGCUUAAUUUGUUUAUAACAAACGAUGCUGGGAAGACAUGGAAGAGUCCUUCUUUUCCGGGAAAAUUGGAGAAUACACGAAGUCUUCACGCUUUUCUCGAUUAUGGGUCGAUUUUAGUCGUGAUUCCUGAGAAGUCAAUUGAGCUGUAUUAUACCGUUGAUGAUGGACAAAAUUGGAAGACGAUUCAAAUGUCGACUGAGCCUAUUGUCUCUGAUGCGAUUUGGACAAAAGGAGAAGGCGCUGAAGAAUUUAUCGUAUUUGCCCAUAACGGUAAUCAUCAAUGGGUCACGAUUUCGAUCAACAUUGCUCAUUUGUAUGAGUACUGCAAGGAGAGCGACUACGAGUCGUGGGUAUACUCAAACUGCGAUGAUAAAAAUACGAUUGGAGCGGAGAUUUCAUACUGGAGAAAGAAACCCUUGUCAAGUUACGGUUGA